CAGGUAGUGAAACCGGCUGUGAAGUACAGUACCCUUCUUAAGGAGUGCGGCUCUGCUUUGAAGAACAUCUCUGUCUCACUGGGCUGUUUAACGGUUCACAUCAUUGGCUUAAACGAUCGUUGACUUGAUUCAGAAAGCAUGAUCAUAUCAUUAGGAAUGUAAAGUUGUUGUUGUUGUUUUUUUUCCCAUGUAAGGGGUAAACACGACCAUUUCAUCCGUGAGACUUGUGCUUUCUGCCUGGGUGAGAAUGCGGAACCCCAUCCGGAGGUACCCGUGGCUGACUAACGUGACCCUGUACUCGGGGCUGUACGCCGGCGGGGACUUGAUGCAGCAGUAUUUAUCGAAUAAAAAGGAUCGAAAGAUCGACUGGAGGCGCACAAGAAACGUCGCGAUCGUCGCUUUCUGCUUUAACGGCAACUUCAACUUUUUUUGGAUGCGCUUCUUGGAGCGCAAACUUCCCGGAAGUUCCGUGAGCACAGUGUUGCGGAAACUUCUAAUGGACCAGACCAUCUCCUUACCUCUGGCCAUUAGCGCCUUCUAUACAGGUCAGAUGGACGUGUCCAUGGCUGAGAGUUCCAUGUCUCCAGAUGAAAUCGAGAUCGAGAUGGCCAGGAUCCAGAGGCUCAGGGAGGUGCUCGUCAGAAGGGAGUCCGAGCUCCGCUUUAUGAUGGACGACAUUCAACUGUGUAAAGACAUCAUGGCUCUGAAGCAGGAGCUGCGUAAGGUCGUGGCAGUGCCAGAAAAAGAUAAGGGCAAGAAGCACCAGCAAAAGGAGGAAGAGCUGAUUCAGAAGAUCCAUAAACUGGUGGAGAAGAGGGACUUCCUGGUGGAUGAUGCAGAAGUAGAAAGAUUGAGGGAACAGGAAGAGGACAAAGAGAUGGCGGAGUUCCUCAGACUCAAGCUCAUGCCGCUGGACAAACUGGCCAGAGACACACAGAGUCCUCCAAAAGUGAAAAAGCCAACUCCAGAACCUCCACCAAACAAACCAUCCAUUACCAAGAGCAGCGUAGCCAUCAUAAAGGACUGCUGUGGAGCUACACAGUGUGUCAUCAUGUAAAACCUCUUCACCCUACACUUAGUACGUUUCAGGAAGACAUGAUUUUAUUGGGGCUAAUCAGGUCGCUGUAGAUUUUUAUGUUUAAAUUUGCACAGCUGAUGUGGUGCCAUCAUUCAUUUUAGACUUGUCUGAUAAAUUACUCCCUUUUUUAAUGCUGCACAUAAACCUGAUGAUGUAUCCUGGCUUUAAUUUUGAAAAUCUGUCUUGGGUGAAACGUUAUGAAAUGCCCCAGUCACACAAGGUCUAGAUGGUUUGUAUGUGGAGAUCUUGUGUUCUUUAACUGGUUUGAGAAUCUAAUGGCAUGUUCAAACAGCGGUUCUGAGAACAGCUCGAAAAUUGCAAGAAGCAGUUUACUAGAAUAGGUUCUGGUUCUAGAACUACAUUCAGAACAGUUUCCAUUUGCACAACCACAAACUGUAGUUCUAGAAUUCCUCCAGUUGAAUGAUAACGGAAGUUAGCACUAAAAAAUUCUCUUCUGAAGCCCUGCUGAGAUUGAGUUUUUUUUUAUUUUAUUUAUUUUAUUUUAUAGAGUUUAAGAAAAUCUUAGAAUCAGUAUGGAUCUGAAGCUUUGAUGUGUUCUGUUAUGCCUUAUUAGAGAAUUCUAGAAUCCACUUCCGUAUCAAUAUGUCGCGUUCAUUAGUGUUUGUGCGUCACAGACGCAGACCUGGAUACCGCCCUUUCAUAUCACAAAGUUAUCUGCUCUAUUUCAUCUAUAAAGAGCUGAUGGACUGGAACGGAGUUACACAAUCUUCAGCAUCAGAGCUCUUCAUUGCUAUGGCAACAAGUUAUAUGCAGGGUCACCACAAGAGAACAGACCUGAGCUUUAGGAUUGCUGUUGGAAAAAACAACCAUGAAUCAAUGUUCAGUAGAGGUAAAACGGUUUUCCUGGCAAUUACAUAAGAUGAUCAGAAUUAAGCUAAAAAACCCGGGGGCACUACACGUAGCCAUUGUCUCGCCAAUCAUUUUCCAAUCACAAAACAUUUGUGCUGCGUUCUAGAUUAAUGUUGGAUUCGACCAUAUAAAGUUAUAAUUAACAAAUAUUGUAUCUCGUAGUAAAACUUGUAAAAAAAAACCCUCAUGGUUGUUUUUUCAGUGGAAACCUUGAUUUUUUUUUUUUUUUUACUUUGUCCACAUUUGUACAGGGUGAGGAGGUUGUACAGUUGGGAAAGCUCUCUCUUUAUGCAAGUAUUUAAAAUUAGAUUUAAAAAAUCUUUUCACAAAAUCUUACUCCAUUAUUUACAGUAAAAGAUAUACACAUGUACAUAAAAUAUUCUGUGUGUUGGAAAUAAAACAGCUCAGACACCAACAGCAAUCUGGAUGCAAUUCAUGAUGAUGAUCAAAAGGAGAGAGAGAGAGAAGAGAGAAUGUUCAAUAGGUAAUCCUUAUUGAUGCUGUAAUUUAGUCCAACAGUUUAUCAGCUGCCCCAGUUCAAAGAUUUGUGCUAAUGUUUGCCUAAAAGAGCACUACAGGCACUAUACUGGUUCUGAGACAGGAUGUUAUGUUAAACGUUAAUUAAAUCAUCACAUAUGCAUUUCCACUCAAAGAUCUAGAUUACUUCACAUUCCUCCUACGCAGUUCAGCAUUCGAAACUCACAGUUCAGAUUGUAUUAUGGUUUUUGAGCCGUGGUCCGAAUUAUUUUCCUUAAUUCUUCUCAUAUUACUACAAUUACUACUAAGGGUACUUUAUCAUCAUCUUUGGCUGAAGAAAAGGUUGCAGGGUUAUAAAUAUGGGAAAGAUUAUGUGCAUAUAUAAUUAACCUAGGCUGUAAAGGGGUACAUCAUAUGGCAACCUAAGCACGAUUCAGUCCUUUCUGACAAAGCCCUAGUACCAAGCGAUAAAGAGGGUUUGAGCGUCCUAAAUACCAAAUAUCUUGCUAAAAUAAAUUAAAUCAUGGUUCACAUGCAGGGAGAGAGCUGUACUGGUCAAGGAUCAGCUAAAGUGCUUUUAGCACGGUUUAAAACACAUCAGAAGAAACUGUUAUGAAAUGGUAUCGUUGAAAGGAAAAACGAUUACAUUAGGUUCGCUUUUCUCAUGCAAUCUUUGCUGUGAUCCUUUACAAAAUCACAAGCAACAACCAGAUCAGGUUUCAUCUCAUUCUUUUUGCUCGAGAACAGAAAAACUUCAUUUUCUUGCAUGCAUGUUCUUUAUGUUGUUGCUGUACACAUCCUACACCAGAGCGAGUGUUUGUGAGCUUUUUCCAUCACAAAAAUAUGAGCCUGUGAAUUUCAGGAGCAUCAUUUGGUGGGGGGCGGUCCUGAGAUCCACAGUGGUUUGUUACGAAAGUCUUUAUGUAAACCGUCAAUAAAUAUAAACACUUCAACGUUAUUUGUAAAUAUGUGUUCCAAUAAAAGCAUCUUUCAGCAUAUUGUUAUAAGAGUCUUGUUACGUUUGGAUUCAGUAUAAAUGCUACUAGAAUAAAUGUCUAACCUAAUUUUAACUAUGUGCAUUUACUCCGAUUAAAACAUGCUAUGACAUGACUGAAGGUAACGUAAACACUGUAUAAUCAGAUCACAAACCAAAGAGCUGUUUGGCGAAACUGUUCAUAUUUUUGGCUUUUUGCUGUUUUGAAACAACUCAAGCUGUGUCAGAACAGAAAUACAUUUCAGGACAUGACGUUAAUGGAACAUAAUCCACAUAAUGGAGAAACAGUAAGUUUACAUCACACCACCUUAUUACUGAUCAUUUUCCUGUAACAGCCCCCCCCUAAAGUGAUAUAUUCCCUAAAUAUCUAACAAAUCCUAAAAAAAUACCUCUAAACAAGCUAGCUAUGGGGAAUAAAAUUAGUCUCUACUUAUAAGUACAAUAAAGAAUUUUUGAUUUGAUGCAUCUAUAUACUGCUUGUAGAUUACCUAACACGAUUGAGGUUUGUUUGAUCUUUAUGCUUGUAUGGAGUUGCAUAGAAGUGUAAGAGUUAUACAUUUAAAAGAAAAGAAAAAAAAAAAGGUGGGGAUUUUCCAUACCUUCAAGUUAAAACGUCACGAGUCGAAACUGAUGCUUGUGAAAUUUAUUAAACAGAAAUAUUUCGGGAACUUCACAAAGAAGUGAAAUGCGAUGAUGAUGAUGAUGGGGGGGGGGGGG